CCCCCCCUCCCUCCGCGGCCGCGGGGGUCCCGCUGUACCGCGCUCCCUCAGGGUUCGUUCCUGUUACCGCCCGGUCUCGCUGCCGGGAGGAGGCGCCCGCGCUGAGACGGGCGUCCCCACAGCACGCACACCCCCACCCCCCCGCCGCUGUCGGCGCCUCCGAGCGGGCGCUGAUGGACAGAUACGUGGUUAAACGCCCCCCCGGGGAGGCGGGGGGCGGCGGGAAGAGGCCCCGGCCGGAGGAGCCCGCCUCGGGGCAGCCCCCCUGGCAGGAGAUCCGCGCGGAGGGCCUGAGCUGUGACUACCGGCUCCUCUUCGGCAAGGCCGAGGCUGACGAGAUUUUCCAGCAGCUGGAAGAGGAGGUGCAGUACUUCCAAGGUGAAAUGACGAAAUUGCACGUGUUUGGCAAAUGGCAUGACAUUCCAAGGAAGCAGGUAACCUAUGGAGACCCUGAGUUAACAUACACUUACUCGGGCGUUACCUUCUCUCCCAAGCCGUGGAUCCCAGUUCUCAACCGUAUCAGAGACCGCGUCACUUUGGCCACAGGACAUACUUUUAAUUUUGUUCUUAUUAACAGAUAUAAAGACGGUGGGGACCACAUAGGAGAACAUCGAGAUGACGAGAGAGAACUGGUUCCACGCAGCCCUAUUGCGUCUGUGUCCUUUGGAGCUUGCAGGGACUUUGUUUUCAGGCACUGCGAUUCCAGAGGGAGAAACGCAACGCGCCACAUUGAGCCCGUCAAGCUGCAGCUAGCCCACGGUAGCCUGCUGCUGAUGAAGUACCCCACCAAUGUGUAUUGGUACCACAGCCUGCCCACCCGCAAGAGAGUACUUGCCCCAAGAGUCAACCUCACGUUUCGGAAAGUGAUGACUGUAGCCAAGAAGUGAAAUAUUCAGCAAUCAAGGUCUUUUGUCUCUGAAAAUAGCAGCUUUCUUCCCUGACACAACUGGCGGUUUCUUGUUCAGACCCUGUUUUUGAUGAUCCAAGGCACCGGAUGAACAAAUUAAACCAGGAGAGGAGAUAGUGUAAUUGGUAACUUGCUAAUAAAGACUGCGACUACUGACCUUAAAUGCCAAGAAUGCUUUCUCUCCGCGGAAAGUUGCUGUACAUAUUUUGAAUGAGUAAUAUCCUUGUUUCGCUCAGGAGGAAGUUUGUUCUCAACUGAUCUUAAUCUAACCGGUUUUCCAAAAAGAUCAAAAUACUCUAUAUCCUUCCGAUAUCAGUACAUUAAUUUAUAAAUACUAUAAAGUACAAGAUGUAAUCAUUUAGAGAGAGCCUGGAAGCUGAUACUGUUCAGCAGGUGACACUUUAUUCUAUGCUCUGUCAAUGAGCUAUGGUUUGUUUGGUUUUUUAAAAAUAAAAUACAAACGAGACUGAUGUGAAAAAGAGGAGUGCUAAGAUAGGAAUACAGUGAGUGCAUCAUAGCUGGCUGCACAUUUUACACUCUCACUGUGACUUUUGACUGCUUGUGUUUCUCUGCUGAGAUGGAAGACUGGGUUCUUUCGGUCAGAAGCGUGGUGGGGAGGAGGAAGCAGGAGGUGCUGCUGCACAGGGAGAGGGCCUCGUUUUCCUUUGGGCCUUUUUACAGAAACCAGGGAGCAUAAGAUGAGCUUUUGGGGAAAGACUGGGCUGUACCAUUUACGCAGACACCAGACAAUGCAGCGUGAAAGGCUAUAACUUCUGAGAUCAUGUUUUUUCUAAAUAAUUAUCCGUAGGGAUUCCUUUCUGACCACCCGAAAGCCAUCGCCUUCCAUGCUGAGAGUGAAUCCUGCUGACAUGAGGAAAGAGCACCCAAAGUCACCAACAGACCUCGUGGAAUCAAGCAGCAAUAAGUACUGAGCAAGAAUGUGAACUGAUCCCCAUGUAACCAGGCUACGAGCGUCUGAAACAGUGAUGGGCUCUGUCCUUCAGCGGUAGCUCCGUUAGGGCUAUGGAGUUAACCUCUGUUCAGACAAUUUGGAGUUGGUA